CACAUCAACGCGAGGAUCUAGACAGAAAUGAAUUCAACAAGAAAGCGAGAAUGAAUCCAACAAGCCUGACCUUUUUUCCGGUAAUGGCGGAAGAUCUGAUCCCGAAUGGUCUGAUCUUUCUCUGUGUUUCGUCUUCAGUUCUUCGUUGAACUGAAAAUCAAGAAAAUGGAAGCCAAUUCCCGAAACAUAGCUCCCGGUUUCACUCUCCUUUGUGCAACCAAACCCUCCGGAAGAACUAUAGUUUUCUAUCAAACUCUAGUCCUUCUCAUCACCUUCUCCGCUUACGCAUCGUUCCAUGCCUCUCGGAAGCCUCCGAGCAUCGUUAAGAGUGUACUAGGUCCGCAGAUUCAAUCGAGCGACUCUGAAUUAGGCAAGAAUUCGAGCUCAAUCGAUACAGGUUGGGCUCCUUUUGAUGGAAAACGUGGACCUCACAGGUUGGGUGAGCUCGAUCUUGCUUUCCUCUCAGCUUACUCGAUCGGAAUGUUUUUUGCUGGACAUAUCGGAGAUCGGAUCGAUCUUCGGGUUUUUCUUUCAUUUGGAAUGUUUGCUAGUGGGAUUUCUACAAUUGUUUUUGGGUUAGCUUAUUGGUGGAAGAUUCAUUCUUUAGGGUUCUUUUUACUGGUUCAGAUCAUUAGUGGAUUGUUUCAGUCGACGGGUUGGCCUUGUGUUGUCUCUGUUGUUGGUAAUUGGUUCGGGAAAUCGAAGAGAGGGUUGAUAAUGGGGAUAUGGAAUUCGCACACUUCGGUUGGGAAUAUACUGGGUUCGAUUGUUGCCUCGUCAGUUUUAGUAUUCGGUUGGGGUUGGUCCUUUGUCUUACCUGGGAUUUUCAUUAUUGUGGUCGGAGUAGUGGUUUUCCUGUUCCUGAUUUUGACUCCGGAAGAUGCAGGGUUUGAAUCCCCUGUAAAAGAUAUAGAGAUGAGUUCAGAAGCUGAAUAUGUGAAUACCUCAGAGGAAACCAGGGGAGAAGGAGAGAGUCUCCUCCAGUCUGGGUCUCCGGAUUCAGCUGCUGCAAUUGGAUUCUUGGAGGCUUGGAGGUUACCUGGUGUGGCCCCAUAUGCCUUCUGCCUCUUCUUCUCCAAGCUCGUGGCUUAUACUUUCCUGUACUGGUUGCCCUUCUAUAUAAGACACACAGCUGUUGCUGGAGUGCAUUUAUCACAUGAAACUGCUGGAAUGCUUUCUACAAUAUUUGAUGUUGGAGGAGUAUUUGGUGGGAUCUUGGCAGGAUAUAUUUCUGAUAGGAUUGAGGGUCGUGCAGUUACUUCAAUUAUAUUCUUGAUAUUCUCAGUCCCAGCUCUUAUUUUGUACAGAACUUAUGGAAGCAUCUCUAUGUACUUCAGCAUUGGAUUGAUGUUUAUAUCUGGAUUGCUUGUGAAUGGCCCAUACUCGUUAAUUACAACAGCUGUUGCUGCUGAUCUGGGUACACAGAGCUUGAUCAAAGGAAAUUCCAAGGCUUUGGCUACAGUGACGGCCAUCAUAGAUGGUACUGGUUCAGUUGGGGCAGCUUUAGGUCCUCUAUUGACUGGAUAUAUUUCCUCUACAGGAUGGAACAGUGUAUUCUUUAUGCUUAUUGUUGCUAUUCUUCUUGCGGUUUUGUUCUUGAUUCGCCUUGCACGAGCUGAGAUUACUAGCAUGUUGAGUGAGGGAAAAUGGUUUUGGGAAAGCAUGACAGUGAGGUGAGAGGAACCUUUCUUGCUUGGCCAACAUUCAUCUAUGUUUCUUCUCCUUUCAUUCUUUAUACCCAGAUAAUCUUUGAUUUGCAGUUAUACUUGUAAAAUUAGUACACUACAAUACAGUUGAAUAUCACCAUAUUCCUCCCAUUUUGUUUAGGGAGGUCUGACAUACUGGUGUAACAUGUGUUGUAAUCUUCUACUGUUCCAUUAUUAGAAUUUGGAUUUUAGAUCUUGUAAAUAUACCUAUUGGACCAGAAUAGAAUACCAAAAUAUUCUUAA